AUGAGGCGAGCGGUCCUUCGAGCACACCCAGUGGCACGAUGCCUCCGCCAGCCGCUGCUGGCCGAGCAUGCAGCAUCAUCAACAUUGCCGUUUCGCCGUCAACUGUCAGCCACGCGACAACUCCAGGAAGAACCCAGGCCGUCGUUCAAAGGCCAAUUGUAUGAGAGCACACAACAACGUUUGAAACGAGAGCGCGCAGAGCAGGAGCGCUUUUCGCAGUAUCAGACUCAAACUCCGGGCUCCAGAUAUGCAGCGUUAAUGUUUGUACUCGUAUUCUUCACUACUGGCGGAUACUGUCUCGGAUCACUCAAACCCUCCACCCCCCCUACAUCCUCGACGAUCCCCCUCUCCGAAACGCAACCUGUCAAACACAACACCACCCCCGCAAACCUACAAGCUGCCUGGGCCGACUUUGUCAAUAUACUCGGCAAGGAAAAUGUAUCUACCGACGACUUCGACCUAGAGUCUCACUCGGGCUCCGAGUUUUCUACCUAUUCACAAAAGCCCAGCGAGAAACCAUUCAUUGUCGUCUAUCCCGAAACAACAGAGGAGGUCUCGCGGAUUAUGAAAGUAUGUCAUGAGCGAGUGAUCCCCGUGACACCGUAUUCAGGCGGCACAAGUCUUGAAGGCCAUUAUGCUCCGACUAGAGGCGGCGUGUGCGUUGACUUCCGACGCAUGAACCAAAUUCUGUCUUUCCACAAGGAGGAUCUCGAUGUUGUAGUACAGCCAGCCGUGGGCUGGGAAGAGUUAAACGAAGAGAUCGCCAAAGAAGGGCUUUUCUUCCCUCCCGAUCCCGGUCCAGGAGCUAUGAUUGGAGGUAUGGUUGGCACAGGCUGUUCGGGCACGAAUGCAUACCGUUACGGAACCAUGCGGGAAUGGGUCGUUUCUCUCACAGUCGUCCUUGCAGAUGGAACAGUGAUCAAGACAAGACAACGACCCAAGAAGUCCAGUGCCGGAUACGAUCUCACCAAACUCUUUAUCGGAAGUGAAGGUACCCUCGGCCUCGUGACGGAAGCAACUUUGAAAUUGACCGUGAAGCCCAAGAGCGAAAGUGUGGCCGUGGCCAGUUUCCCAUCCGUCCAACACGCCGCCGAUUGCGCGCGAAGGGUUGUCGAAGAGGGCAUUCAAGUUGCCGGUCUCGAGAUCUUGGACGAUGUGCAGAUGCAAUGUAUCAAUGCCAGCAAGACGACCAGGCGUGAAUGGACCGAGGCACCGACCUUAUUCUUUAGAUUUUCUGGUACUCCGUCCGGUGUGAAAGAACAGAUUGGUAUAGUCCAAAAGCUAUCCAAGUCUACCGGCGGCAAGACUUUCGAGUUCGCCCGCGACGACGCAGAAAUGAAGGAGCUCUGGAGUGCGCGCAAAGCCGCUCUUUGGAGCGUCAUAGCUAUGAAGAGAGAUCCAAGCGACCAAGUGUGGACCACGGAUGUCGCAGUACCAAUCAGCAGGUUACCGGAUAUCGUUGAAAGGACGAAAAAGGACUUGACAGAGAGUGGGUUACUAGCUGGUAUUUGCGGUCAUGUGGGUGAUGGCAACUUUCAUGCAAUCAUUCUCUUUAACGAUCAACAGAAAGCUCUUGCCGAAGAAGUCGUGCAUCGCAUGGUCGUAAACGCAGUCGAGAUGGAGGGCACUGUUACUGGCGAACAUGGCGUCGGACUUAUCAAGAGGGACUAUCUGCCUCAUGAGCUUGGCGAGACGACAGUUGAUGUCAUGCGCAAGUUGAAAUUUGCGCUGGAUCCGUUAUGUCUACUCAACUGUGAUAAAACAGUCAGAGUUGAACCGCCGGCUGCAGGAGAGAUUAAGCCGUGGUAG